CCGUCCCGUCUCUGACCCAUAUGAAAAAGUGUCGUCUUUCUCAUGACUCCGCUAUAAAAAAAAGGCAAAAGCCCUCUGUCUGUGACCAAAACUUGUGAAGAAGCAGCUCCUACACUUGCAGGGUUGAAGCGACGAUCCAGAGUGACACAAAGAAUGGCGUCAGGAAGAGUGAACUUGAAGCUUCUCGUGCACAAGAACAACCGGAAGGUGGUAUUUGCCGAAGGUGGGAAGGACUUUGUCGACUUCCUCUUCCACAUCCUCACGUUGCCGGUCGGAACGGUGAUCGGGCUCCUUGAGAAAACCGGGAUGGUGGGCAGUUUAGGCAAUCUCUACAGCAGCGUCAAGAAGCUGGACGAUGUGUAUAUCGAAUCUUCCAAGAAAGACAUUCUCUUGAAACCCAAAGCACCCGCCUCUCUCUCCGAAAACCAAUUUAUAUUGCCUGAGAGUUCGUUCUUAGAUUCAACACCCAAAACCUACUACAGGUGCUCUUCCCGUUCGUACACUAACUGUUCGAACUAUGUGGCUGAGGACCGUUCUGCAAUAUGUCCUCAGUGUAGAAAUUCCAUGAACCAAACAUUCACUUUUGUUGCAUCACCACCAGCUGGUAAACCGUCAGCUGCUGCGUCAUCAGCUGCUGAAUCGGACGGUAAGGGCGGUUUCGUGCAAGGGGUGGUGACGUACAUGGUGAUGGACGAUCUGGUGGUGAUGCCAAUGUUGGCGAUUUCAAGCAUUGCUUUGCUCAACAAGUUCAACAUGAAGCAGAUUGGGCAUCUUGAGGAGAAGGUGGUCAGCUUGGGAAUAGACGAGGGUAUAAGGCUGCUGAAGGCUUCAUUUCACUCCAAGAAGGUUCUUACUGAUGUCUUCCUCGAUGAGAAGCGAGAGAGAACGUGAUAUGUAUGUUCUGAUUUUGUGACUGGGGUUAUGCAGGACUUCUAGUGUGGAUUGACCUUUUUAAGUCUUUUUUGGAAUUAUCAACAUGUUUAUCAUCACCAUUUAAGUAUUUAUGAUAUGGUUGUAUUGGUUUGGUCCAAAAUAUGAUGGGACCAUCCUGAAGAAUGAUUAUAUGUCUAAUAGCCGAUAAUGAAUGCUCAAGCAUA